AUGGGCUCUGGGGCAAUGACGGCGGAGACGCGCGCCUCCGUUCUGCUCGAGCUCGCGAAGCAGGUCGUCGCUGCCCGGCGGCUGGGGGAGACGGCCGAGAGCCUCGCGCGGCGGCCGCUGCUCCUCCACCGGCACGUGCUCCGGACGGCCAUCGACUGGAAGAAGAUCGCCCGCGCCCUGUCCGAGGACCGGAGCAGGAUCUACCACUGGUACCGCGAGACGCACUCGCGGAGCAUCCUCAACGUGAAGAUGACCGGCGAGGACCGCAGGGCCAUCAAGGCGAUGAUCAUCGCCGGGGUCAGGGACCGGAGCAUCCUGGGCCCGGACUUCUACCGCAGGGUCCACGAGCGCUUCGGGGCGAAGUAUCCGCGCCAGGAGCUGCGGAUGACGUACAACAACGCGCUCCGCACCCAGGACGUCCGCGCCGCCCUGGAGGAGCAUGGGGUUCUUCCUGGGCCCGGCACCCUCUCGCUCCAGACGGGCCAGGAUCUUCUCGGGCCGCCCACUUCCUUCGCAUGCGUGCCAUGCUUCCCCCCUGCGGGCUACGGGGGCGUGCCUGGGUGCGCUGAUACAUACCCCAGUAAGGGCUGA